AAAAGUUUUAACAUAAAAAUAUCCUUUAAAUAAAAAAUAAUUUAUUUAAUUUAUUAAACUUUUAUUUCGUUAUUUUUAUAUAAUAUAUAUAAUAAGGUUUAUUAUUAUACGAUGAAGUUAUUACUUAUAUUUCCACAUCUUUCGAUGUGUUAACGAUGCAUUUGCCAAUGAGGGUAUCCGACAUUUGUAUUUUUGAUCUUCUUAAUUCCGAUGGUCGACCAACCUUUGUUAUCGCGAUUGUCGCACCGCCAGACACGUCACAGCCAAUAUAUGUGAAUCCUGCCCUCGUCGAUAACGCCGCCCUACACGACAAAAUCAUCAAGGUAUCCCAAUCACAUAGUGGGGAUUUCUGGGAUUGGAUCAUCGGUUUCAAUCCGUCUCGUACUUUCACCUUCGAGAAGAAAUGUUGGACGCGAUCGGUAAUAAGCAGCCAAUGGGCGGUUAUUGGAAGCAACGAUGGUUUCUCGCCGGACCAAAAUUCACGCAAUCCUAAGUCUCAUAGCCGGGUAAAUAGCAACAACCUUCUACACGAUGUUUCUCGGCCUGGUAUGUCGAUUGAUCUUGAUAUUGGCUGGAUACCUCCCGACUUCAUGCCUGAACAGGAGCCCUUUGUUCAUGUAAUCAACACCAUCAACUGGGCCUCGACACCUCUUGGUCCGCUGCCACAUUGGCCUACCCUCCUCCAACAGACCUUCAACCAAGUCCUAGCCGAUUCGAGACCUAUCGUCAUUUACUGGGGUGACAAACUGACGACCCUCUAUAACGAAGCCUUUAGCAAGCUGUGUGGUUCCAAGCAUCCCGCCUUGCUGGGCAAGUCGGUCGAAGACGCAUGGCCCGAUUUCUGCGAGAAGAUUAAGGUGGCUAUGGCCACAACGACCCCUAAACUUCGCGUGGGAGACGAGGACGAAUGGUGUUUUUUCGUCGAGAAGACUGACGGGAGCCCCGAAGAGACAUAUCUCAAAUGGUCCAUUAUCCCAAUAACAGAAAAGAAUAGAUGCCUCGGCUUCAUCCAGCCAAUUCAAGACACCACCUCCAUGCGACUUUGGGAGAGACGCACCAAAAUGUUAAUUGAUUUGGGCGAUAUACUCAUUACUGCGCGGGAUGUCAAAUCUUACUGGGGGAAGCUCAUUCAAGAGCUUGAGGCUUGUCAACCGACCUACGAUAUUCCACUCGCAAUUCUUUACUCGGUCGAAGGGGGGGAUUCAGGAAAGUGUUGUCUACUGGAAGGUUGUUUAGGUGUUCCAGAUGGUCAUGUUAUAGCCCCUUCCAAACUACAGCUCUCUGAGGGUAGUGACCAUGGGUUAUCCUCGUCCUUUAGAACAGCUCUUGAAUCGCAGAACCCGUUAUUUCUCCAAACCAAAGACGGCACACUACCCAAGAAACUACUUGAAGGUCUUGAUUGGCGUGGCUUUAAGGACCCAUGCCGCGAGGCUGUUAUAUGUCCCAUACGGCCAACAAAAGAUGAAAAUGUCUUGGGCUUACUACUGCUUGGGUUAAAUCCUCGCCGCCCUUACGAUAACAAUUACCAACAAUACAUUGCUCUACUUGGGCAAAAGCUGACCACGACUUUGGCGUCAACUGUCCUUCUCGAGGAAGAGGCAAGAAGGGGUCGCAGCAUAUCCAUGCAGGCCGCCUUUGACCAGGCCAUGUUGAAGGAGCAGCUUGCGAUGCAAACGAGGGAAGCCACAGAGUCGGUCCAAAAGUUUCAGCAGAUUGCUGAAUUCAUUCCGGUUGGCAUGUGCCUUGGUAACCAUGGCGGCAAUAUUACAUUUGCAAAUGACAGCUGGCAUCGUAUCACCGGCGCCCCCCAAGUCAACCCACUAACCCCCGAGGGCUUCCUGUCUUGUGUUAUUGAGGAAGACAGGGCAAACGUGCAGCGCGCGUAUGAGGAGCUUCAGAAAUUGUUGACCGUCACCAUUGAGUUCCGGGUGCGUAGGUCGGCCGAAGAUAACCACCCCCUACAGCACCCGAUUGGGAGCUCGCCCAGUUUCGAGAGAGCUGGCUUGGACCUUAAUGCCGACAAUGGGGGCGUGCGACAUGUCCUGGGUUCUCUGAAAGCUGAACGAGGCCUGGAUGGCAAUAUCAAUCAAGUACUGGCAUGCUUAACAGACGUGACUUUACACAAGAAGGCUGCCGAGGAAGCAAUUCGAAAAGCCCAGCAAGCUGAGAAUCUUAAACGCAUGGCGGAGCUUGCAACUGUAGGCAUGUAUGAUAUGGCUCUUGAUGGUCGUUUAAUUGGGGCGAAUAAUGUGUUUUACGAGAUGUGUGGACUGGAUAGGGUCGACCUCUCCCAAAUAUCAGUCAAACCAUUUGAUGUUUGUGUUGUUGACGAGGACCUACCGGCCCUCAAGAAGACCCUAGUGAGGCUUGUCCAGGAAGGCAAGUCGCAAACCGCGGAAAUUCGACUGAAAACGCAGUGGACGGAAACGGACACGACUGGCGACCAAAUCAUUGCACCUCGUUGGGUUCUGGCUACCUUUAUGCCAGUGAAGAACUCAGAGGGCAUCAUCCAGACCUUCACAGGAUGUCUGAGUGAUGUGUCGUUGCAGAAGUGGCAACUCGAAAAGGAGCGACAGCGGAAAGACGAAGCUAUUGAGUCCAAGCGCCAGCAAGAAAAUUUCAUAGAUAUGACUUCGCAUGAGAUGCGGAAUCCACUGAGCGCUAUCGUCCAAUGUGCUGACGCGGUCAUUGGUUGCCUCGCCAAGGCUCAAGAAUUGGUUGAGUUGUUGUCUACAAAGGCCGACGAUGGCGGCGUUUCGAGCUCUACUCCUACUAGUGGUCUACCUAGCGUCUACCAAGAGGGUGUGCAGUUGUUGAGGGACAGCAUUGAAAACGCAGAAACCAUCAUUGCCUGCGCUCAACACCAGAAACGCAUAGUAGAUGACAUCUUGACCAUGUCCAAAUUAGAUUCCAACCUUCUGUCCAUUACGCCAAUCACAGUGAACCCCAUUCACAUUGCCCAGGAGGCUUUCAAAAUGUUCGAGGUGGAAGCUCGUAGAGUCGACAUUGACUUGACCAUGGUUGUCGACCGUUCUUACACUGAAAUGAACAUCGAGUUCCUCGAUCUAGACCCCUCACGGCUGAAGCAGGUGCUCAUAAAUCUGCUCACCAAUGCCCUUAAGUUUACUAAAAAUGGGCCGACAAGAAAUGUCUCCAUCACCAUGAGUGCCUCCAAGUCUCGGCCUGAAGAUCAAGUUACUUCGGUCCAGUUUAUUCCGCGAGUUACAGAAGUAGCGUGGCAAGGCGAUGGCUCAUCUCUUGUCCCCGAGGAGAAUAGGAUUUACCUCAUGUUCGAGGUCAAGGACACGGGACAGGGUCUCACCGAAGAAGAGAAGUCCUCUCUAUUCCAGCGUUUUGUGCAAGCAAAUUCAAAGACGCACGUCAAGUAUGGGGGCUCGGGCCUCGGACUGUUCAUUAGCCGCAGGUUGACCGAGAUGCAAAACGGGGCGAUCGGGGUCGCGUCCAGCCCAGGUCAGGGGUCGACUUUUGCAUUUUACAUCGAGGCACAUGUACCCAGUCAGGAAGCAUUCCAAGAGGCUCGAGCAGCUGCACAAGCCGUCGGUUAUAUACUGAAAACAUCCACUAUCAUGCUUGGUAAAAACCAGAGCAGAGGGCCUUUUACCAUGGCGAAGCCGACCAAGAAGCUGCUCGCUCCGCAGAUCGAAGGAGUACUCCUGGUCGAGGACAAUCUUAUUAACCAGCAGAUUACGCGACGUGACUUAUUGACCAGUGGCUGCGUUGUUGAGGUAGCAAACCAUGGAUUAGAAGCAUUAGAUAAACUCGAGAACUCGAACCGCGCCAACGGACAGUUUCCCCUUAGUCUUGUAUUGAUGGAUAUCGAGAUGCCCGUACAAGAUGGCCUCACUUGCACACGCAAGAUCAGAGAGCUAGAAAAAGCGGGCCAUUUUAGGGGCCCGCGGAUACCGAUCAUUGCUGUCAGUGCUAAUGCGCGUAUGGAGCAGAUUCUGGAGGCCAAGGCAGCGGGAUGUGAUGAUGUUCUGGUGAAGCCCUUUAGGAUUCCGGAGCUGGUGGAGAAGAUGGUGAUUGUAACAAGACAGCUCGAGAAGAGCGAGUGAAGCCAUACAUUGUUGAUUUCGAGGUGCUGGUUCGAGACUGACUAGGUAGCCACCGCCACUGGGCGUCGUCUUAACGCAUCUUGGAUGUAUUUUGUUACGUGGGGCGUAUCUAGGGACCUUCUCUCAGGUUCUCUCAGGGGUUAGUGCAAAGAAGGUCGUAUUUCUCGCCUCCUUUUUUCUGGUGUGGUUGUUUGCAUUUACCAUUCAUUGUCUAGGCAGCAUUAGCAUGAUACCACGGGAGUAGUAGCAUCUUUGAAGAGGGGGCGGGGCUUUGGUUUCUUGUCUUGGGAGCUUUGGAGUUUAGGGAUCACGGAUGAUAUAUAGGUAUAUACAUAGGUAUAGCAUACAUACUGAUACCUAUACUAGAUAGCUAUUACGACCAU